GACUCUCUCCUCUUUCCUUUCAUCUAUUCAAUCCCUCUUCUUCUGAUUCUUCAUCUUCAUCGCCACACACUCACUCAUAAGUCAUAACUGUUAAUCCCUCCGUCACUUUCCGUCCAAAACCCCGCAACCAUGGCUGCGGAGACUCUUCCGUACCAGAACGGCGAAGUUGUUUCUAACCGAGAUCUGGCUGCCAACUCCACCACCACUUCCUCCGCCGCCGCCAAGAAGUCGCGUGAGAGCGAGCGCCGUCGCCGUCGCCGCAAGCAGAAGAAGAACAACAAGGCAUCUCAGGAACCUGACCAUGAAGAUAAAACCGCAGAAGAGAGCGACGGUGCUAAGGAGAACACUGAUCCGAAGCAGGUGGUUGAGCAAGUUGAAAUUGAGUAUGUGCCGGAGAAGGCAGAGCUAGAUGAAGGCAUGGAUGAAGAAUUUAGAAAGAUCUUUGAGAAAUUCAGUUUCAGUGACGUCACUGGUUCGGAGGAUACCGAUAAGAAGGAUGAGGCAGCAGAAAAUGCUGCUGCAAAUAAGAAGGCCGAUUCUGAUUCUGACGAGGAAGAAAACGAUGAUGAUCAGAAAGAGAAAGGCGGUGUGUCAAACAAGAAGAAAAAGCUUCAAAGGAGGAUGAAAAUUGCUGAACUGAAACAGAUUUGCUCAAGGCCUGAUGUUGUUGAGGUGUGGGAUGCUACUGCAGCAGACCCAAAGUUGCUGGUGUUCCUGAAAUCUUAUAGGAAUACUGUUCCUGUACCUAGGCAUUGGUGUCAGAAGAGAAAAUUCUUGCAGGGGAAACGAGGUAUUGAGAAACAACCCUUUCAGCUUCCUGACUUCAUUGCUGCCACUGGAAUUGAGAAAAUCAGACAGGCUUAUAUCGAGAAAGAGGACAGCAAAAAGUUGAAACAAAAGCAAAGGGAGCGCAUGCAACCAAAAAUGGGGAAAAUGGACAUAGACUAUCAGGUUCUUCAUGAUGCGUUUUUUAAAUACCAAACAAAGCCAAAGCUGACAUCGCUUGGGGACCUAUAUCACGAAGGAAAAGAAUUUGAGGUAAAACUGAGGGAGAUGAAACCUGGCAUGUUAUCACAUGAAUUGAAAGAAGCUCUUGGUAUGCCUGAGGGAGCUCCUCCUCCCUGGCUUAUAAAUAUGCAGCGAUAUGGUCCACCACCAUCUUAUCCUCAUUUGAAGAUACCUGGAUUGAAUGCUCCCAUCCCUCCUGGUGCUAGCUUUGGUUAUCAUCCUGGUGGCUGGGGCAAACCUCCUGUUGAUGAAUAUGGACGUCCACUAUAUGGAGAUGUAUUCGGAGUUCAACAACAAGAACAACCUAACUAUGAGGAAGAGCCAGUUGAUAAGACCAAACACUGGGGUGACUUAGAGGAGGAGGAAGAAGAGGAAGAGGAGGAGGAAGAAGAAGAGGAAGAAAUGGAGGAAGAGGACCUUGAAGCUGGUAUUCAGUCAGUUGAUAGUCUGUCCAGCACUCCUACUGGAGUUGAGACACCUGCAGCUAUUGACCUUCGGAAGCCACAACCUAAAAAGGAGCCUGAGAGGCCUCUAUAUCAAGUACUUGAAGAGAAGGAAGAAAGAAUUGCCCCUGGAACAUUGCUUGGAACGACACACACUUACGUGGUUGGCACUGGCGCACAGGACAAAUCGGGAGCCAAAAGGGUUGAUUUGCUCAAGGGUCAGAAGUCGGACAAAGUGGAUGUCACCUUACUCCCGGAAGAGCUGGAAUCGCUGGAUAAUGUCUUGUCUACGAAGUAUGAAGAAGCAAGGGAAGAAGAGAGGGCACGUAGUCAGCGUGAAGAUUUCAGUGACAUGGUUGCAGAGAACGAAAAGAAAAGGAAAAGAAAGAUGCAGGAAAAGGAGGGCAAGUCAAAGAAGAAGGACUUCAAGUUUUAGAGUGGUCCAUUUCUGUUUCUUUUGUAAGCUCUACUCGUGCAAUCUUUUUUUUUUUUUUGGAAGAAGAAAAAUGUAUCAGAGAAUCCUAUUAGUUAAGGAAUAGAGAAUUUGUUGUUUGAGCUGCGGUUUAACGCAUAUGUAUCUCAACCAUUGCCACCAAUGUUUUGGAUAGGAAUCUCAUCUAUACAACUAUGUAAUGCAAUACGCAAUGAAAAACCUAUGCAUAAACGUAGCAGUAGUUGCUUAA